GAAAAGUCAAGGUCAAACCAGAUGCGGCUUAUAAAUACUAGGGACGAUAAUUAUUUCUACUCUGGGCGCUUCACGUUCGAGAGAAAAGGAGAGAUCUCUAAUUUUUCAGCAAAAUGUCUCUGAAACCCUGUUCUAAGGUCGAGGUGAAAUACACCAAGCUCUUCAUUAACAAUGAAUGGCAUGACUCGGUGAGUGGGAAAACUUUUCCUGUCAUAAACCCAUCCACUGGAGAAGAAAUUUGUAGAGUUCAGGAAGGUGACAAGGCUGAUGUUGACAAGGCUGUUGCUGCAGCAAAAGAAGCUUUCAAAAAUGGAUCCGUCUGGCGAACAAUGGAUGCCUCACAGAGGGGUCGUCUACUGAACAAAUUCGCCGACUUAGUUGAGAGGGAUACGGAAUACUUAGCUAACCUGAAUACUUUAGAAAACGGAAAGCCAUUCAAGGAUUCCGUAGGUGAUGUCAUGUUUGCUUGUGCCACCUUCAGAUACUACGCCGGCUGCGCUGACAAAAUUCACGGCAAAACUAUACCUGCUGACGGAAAUACCUUUUCCUAUACCCGUAUUGAACCUGUUGGCGUUUGUGGACUUAUCAUCCCUUGGAACUUCCCUCUCCUGCUGAUCAGCAACAAAUUCGGCCCCGCCAUAGCUGCCGGCAACACCAUCGUCCUGAAGCCCGCUGAGCAGACCCCCCUGUCUGCCAUUUACAUCGCCAGUCUUGUCAAAGAGGCCGGAUUCCCGCCCGGAGUCGUCAACAUCAUCCCUGGAUAUGGACCCACGGCUGGUGCCGCUCUCACUGCUCAUCUGGAUGUUGACAAAGUGUCUUUCACUGGAUCUACUGAGGUAGGCAAACUCAUCCAACAAGCUGCUGGUCAAAGUAACACCAAGCGAGUGACCUUAGAAAUGGGUGGAAAGAGUCCUCUAGUCGUGUGCUCAGAUGUAGAUCUGGACGAAGCUGUUCAAAUCGCUCACGAUGCCUUGUUCUUCAACCAAGGCGAGUGCUGCUGUGCAGGAUCUCGAACUUUCGUUCAUGAAGACAUCUACGAUGCCUUUGUUGCAAAGAGCAAGGCACUAGCGGAGAAGCGUAUUGUGGGAGAUCCAUUUGAUCCCAACACCAUGCAAGGGCCUCAAAUUGACGAUGAACAGUUUGACAAAAUCUUGUCUCUCAUUGAGAGCGGCAAGAAAGAAGGUGCCAAAUUGGAAUGCGGUGGCGGUCGUCACGGCUCAAAGGGAUACUUCGUCCAGCCUACCGUAUUUUCCAACGUAACUGACAACAUGCGCAUUGCCAAAGAAGAAAUCUUCGGACCUGUUCAACAGAUCAUAAAAUUCAAGACCCUCGAAGAAGCCAUUGAGCGUUCCAAUGCCACAGAUUAUGGUCUGGCUGCUGGAAUUCUGACAAAAGACGUCAACAAAGCAAUUUUGUAUUCGCAACAAGUCAGAGCUGGAACUAUCUGGGUGAACUGUUUCUUUUCUGGAUCAGUCCAGACGCCAUUUGGAGGAUUCAAGAUGUCCGGCCAAGGAAGGGAAUUUGGCACUGAUGCUUUGAAAGCUUACUGCGAAAUUAAAACCGUCACAAUUAAAAUUCCACAGAAGAACUCUUAGAUUACAAUCUGAUGCUAAAUAGCGAAGUUCGACGAAAUUUGUGGCAUAACAUUUUUGUACUUUUAUACAAAAAAUAGGCUUAAUAAACAGUUGAUGUUGUUUAG